ACUUUGAAACUGUCUUUAUGUGUCAGUCAAGCACCUAAAAUUAAGAAAAUCGGCACCAAUCAGUGCAGACYUUUGUAGAUUUCUUCCUGUUGYCCAGAACUGCAAAAAUAACCAGAUUACUUUUURAAUUCACUUCAAACAACAAAAAUGAUUUUGCUGCCCUGAAACUGUAAAUAACGAGGAAGUUGUUGAUCACUGGAUGUUUUCCAUCUUCUUGUCAGUCGGACUAGCAGGUGAAGCUGGAUUGUGGCGCAGGUGUCCCCAGAUUGAGAGAGCAGAGAGAUGGAGGAUGUUCUCUGCUCUCCAGCUUUGAUUGGGAGACGUGUUUUCAGAAAAAACUCCUGCAUGAAAGAUGAAACGCAAUAAAAAACGAGAGCGAGGGAGACGGGGUAGGGCUUCGGUACAAGCAUCGUUUUCUCCCACGAGCCUGAGAGGAGAUCGGCGCUCAGCCGCCCUCCCUCCUUCAUUUUCUUCCCCUCUCUCUCCUCCUUCUCGUCUGCUCUCCAGCGGAGGGGAGGAGGGGGCAGCGCUCCUGCUGUGUCGAUGGGAAGGCAGUUACAAACGUUACUAUUUUCAGAGAGUCAGUCAGUCAGUGUGCACGCUCCGCGCGAAGUGGCAAGCCGUCGAGGCAGCAAAAAGAAAAACAAAAGCAAAAAAACCCAGGCGCAGAAUUCCUGAGAGAAGAUGGAGGUGAUGCCCGGGAAGCCUCGGACCCGCCGCUGAACCGCGCCAAGCAUCCGACCGGAACGGACACUUCCAAGUCUGGAGGAACUCUCGCCGGGGGCUGAAUCCGGACUUUUUCAGGUUUAUCCAAGAGUGGGGGGGUCGGGGGGGGGAGAUAAAGGAGCCUGGGAGGCGAAGGAAGAAGGAAGGAAGGAAGGAAAACAGAGAAAUGGCAAGUUUCGGGAAACUCACCGACUACUUUAACCGCCGCAAGUCUCGAGAAGAGCUGCGGGUGGGGAGAAGCUCGCGGCGCAGUGGCAGCUACUGCUGCACAGUGGCAGAGGCCAGGUCUCUGGAAAGGAAGCUGCAGCGACCCCUACUGGCGAAGUCGCGUACUCUCCCCAGCAUCCCUCAGUCACCAACCGUCUCCAGGGUCCACCACUCGGACUUGAUAGGUGGGAGUCCGCCCCGCAGGAAAAACCCUCCACCUGCCACCAGCCAAUCCAAGGCCUGCACUCUGCCCCCUGCAGGGGAGCUGUGGCGCUUGGAGGACGAUGUGGAGGGAGACAACGAGACGGAGCAGAGCGGCGGCACCGAGGCCCGGCCGCGCUCCCAGUCGCCGUUCUCCCACUUCCGGGCGCGGGCCGCCUACCUCCGGAAGAGCAUGUCGGCCGACGACCACCUGGACAUGGGCCUGGACUACAGCUCCGCCAAGACGGCGCGCAGCAGCAAGGGCAAGCUCAAGAGGAAAUUUAGUUUGGGCUCCGCAGACCGAAAAGAAAACCAGCAAAAGAGGUCCGAGUCGGGAAUCUCCAAAUUCACCCACCGACUCUCCCUGAAAGAGCGACCAGCCAAAGCAGAGAAGACGUCUUCGGACCGUCCGCCGUCCUACAGAAGACGAUCUCUGAGUGUGGACUGGGCCGACUCUGCCAAGAUGACGCAGCCCAUGCGAGGGGACCAGGUCCACCAGCCGGCAGCGGCCCGCAAGUCCGCCAGCCUGUCCUCGCCAAGCGCAGCUCGCCGGCUCUACCGCAACUUGUCUGGAAAGUUCCGCGUGGGCACCAACCCCCCCGCGCUGGAGGACAGCGUGGUGUCGGCGCGGGGAGGAGACAAGGAGAGGCUGCGCAAAACCACCGUCUUCCAGAGCAACGAAGCUCUGUUUGAGGCAGUGGAGCACCAGGAGCUGGACCUGGUCCAGCUGCUUCUGGCCCAGUACAGCCUGGAGGAGCUGGACCUCAACACGCCAAACAGCGAAGGCCUCCUUCCUCUCGACAUCGCCAUCAUGACCAACAACGUGCCGAUGGCGAAGCUUCUGCUGCGGGCCGGAGCCAAGGAGAGCCCUCACUUUGUCAGCCUGGAAGGCCGGGCGGUGCACCUGGCCACCCUGGUGCAGGAGGCCGAGCAGCGGGUGUCGGAGCUGCAGGCCCAGGUCCGCAGCGAGGGUCCCAGCGAGCGGGAGGGGUCGGACCAGGAGAGGCAGCUGAAGGCCUGGGAGUGGAGGCUGCAGCUCUUCAGGCGCAUGCAGACGGGCUUUGAGCAUGCUAACCCUCCAGAUGCUCCCAGCGUCGUCCGUCUGUCUGUUAGCAGCAACACCAGUUUACAGGUCGACUUUCACGAACCUGCCUGUGUCAACUCUGCUGUGGUCACCAAGUACAAAGUGUGCUGGAGCGCGGCGCCUUCAUUCAGCCCCAUGCUGGGUGAAAUGAUGGUGAACGAUGCAGCGGAACCACAGUGCAACAUCACUGGACUGACUUCUGGAACCCAUUACUACGUCCAGGUGUCGGCCUACAACAUGAAGGGCUGGGGCCCGCCGAAGGUUUCCACCCCGGCCAGCGCUGCACCGUCCAGCUGGAGGGACGUCGACGGCCAGCCUCCACGCCAGAGAGGCCAGAAGGAGGCGCUGGACCAGCUGCUGGGUCAGAUUAAAGAAGCUCAUCGCCACUGCAGCUGCCAUGAGCAAUGCAAAGCUCCAGCACAAGGCAGGAAGCACUCUGUGUCCAAAAGCCUCCGCCAUCUCUUCCAACCCACCAGCAAAUUCGUGAAAAGCCUGAAAAGAGGUCUCUACCUGACCUCCAUAUUCUACAGAGACGACAAUGUGUUGGUGACUCCAGAGGACCAGAUUCCUGUGGUGGAGAUAGAAGAUUCAUACUCCAGCAGCCUCAUGCAGGACUUCCUUUGGUUUACGAAGGUGUCGUACUUAUGGGAGGAGAUAUCCUGGCUCCAGCAGUGUCUCAGUCCCUCUCAGUCCUCCUGUUCGUGUACCCUGCAGACCCGUCUGAAGAUGCUGCAGGCCGUCUCCCAGCUGCAGGGAAUGCUGGGAACGCAGGACCUUGGCCAGGUGUAUUUUGAGCCCAUCAAAGACAAACAUGGCAACGCGCUGCUGGUCCUGCUGAAGGACAUGAACGCCUGCCCCAACCUGGACGGGGUGCGCUGGACGCAGCUUUGCAAACUGCAGCUGCAGCGCAAGUCCAUCUCCUCCCCCGAGGAGCCCACGGCUUUGGACACGCUGCUCAUCACGCUCCACGAGAAGCUGGCCUAUCACAGGCGCAGCAGGAAGCUCCUGUCUCCGGGUUUGUACCUGGGCUACCUGAAGCUCUGCACGUCGGUGGAGCAGAUCAGGGUCCUGGUGCCGCAGAAACUGCCCAACGUUCUGUGUCACACCAAGAUACGGGACAACAGCAACGUGUCCAGAGAGGAGUGGCAGUGGCUGCAGGCCCUCAGCUCUCUGGAUGAAGCUCUGGAAAUGGACCAGGACGUUCAGAGCGCGCCGCACCGCUUCUUACACGACCUGCGCGGCGCCGUCAAGGACCUGAUGGCGCACAUCAACGUCCCUGGAAACCAGGCUCAGGAUUUCCGGAUCUACAGCCAGGAAGUGCUGGAGUUUGGAGAAAAGGUGUCCUUCCUGCUGCUGCUGCCGCCGUCGGAUGAAGUGUGCACGGCUCCGGGUCAGAACCAGCCGUACUCCCCUCGCUCCGGACUCCUCACGCUGCCGCUGCAGAUCUUCGAACUCGUCCACUUCAGCGCGUACUGCCCCGGGUUCAUCGGCCAGUACUGCAGAGUGUCGGCGCUGCUGGAGCUGGAGUCGCUCAUGUCGCAGCAGGCUCUGCGGGAAGCGUUCUCCGAGGCCGAGCUGCUGGCCGCCAAGAAGAAGCACCAGCAGGUCCAGGAGCAGAUGCAGCAGAUGGAGGAGAUGUGGCGGGACGCCCGCUGGAUCAUGGACGCCCUGCAGUACGCCCGCUACAAGCAGCCCACAGGAGGAAUCUCCAUCAGCUGGAUCAUAGACUUCUCUAAGGAGGUUCUGCCGGACAAACCGGCCUCCACCUCGUCCCAGCCGGACUUCAUGCCGUCCCCCAUGCCCUCACCAGAACCCUGCCGCAAACACUCAGAUUAUCCCGGUCUGUCAGAUGAAGAGGGUUCCUCUGAAGUCUUCCUCACCACCGACAGCGACUACGACUCCAGCCGGGCGCAGAGCCCGCGUGAGCUGGACCUGCUGCCCCCGWCCCCCCUGUCCUCCUCGGCGCCCCUGGAGCCGCGCGGCUUCCUGCGCAGCGACGGCGGCGGCUCGGGGGGGCUGAGCUGCCCCGGCGGCGGCGGCGGGCGCGGCCCCCUGAGGGACUCCACGCCGGACGUCCUCCAGGCCUCGGAGCCUCAGCUGGGGCGGGACGGCGGGCGGGAGAAGCGGAGGGGCCCGCCGGAGCUGUUCGACAGCGACUUCAUCCUCCCCAGCAGGCAAAUCGAACUGCUGCACAUCACCGAGAAGCGGCAGGCCUUCUGCGUACGGACCAGCAGCCUGGAGUUCCCGUCCAGCACGUCGGCCCAGCAGCAGCAGCCGCAGCCCCACUGCUCCUCCCCCUGCGCCUCGCCGCAGAGCCGCUGGCACCGGCCGUCGUCGGUGGACCGCUGCUGCUCCGCCGAGCGCUGCGCGCCUCAGCGUCCGCCGGCUCGGACGCUAUCGGAGGACAGCGGCACGCAGAGACUCAACUCGCCGUCGCCGGCCGUGUUCAGGAAGGGCUGCCACGCCACGCUCAGAGUCUACCCUCAGUACCGAACCGGGCUGCCCAACGAGACCAGCGUCAAGCUUUGCAUAACUUCGGUCACGACGGCCCGGGAAAUGGUCCAGCUGGUGGUGCAGGAGAUGAACGCGGUGUCUCGGCGCCUGCUGGGCGGCGGCGGCGAGGAGCAGCAGCAGUGUGUGUGCUACGGCCCGGAGCAGGUGAAGCACUUCGGCCUGGUGCUGGUGGUGGACAACAGGGAGAAGUGGCUGCAGGACGACUUCUGCCCCCUGGAGCUGCAGAACCCCUGGCUGCGGGGCAAACUGUGCGUUCGCAUCAAGGACUACUCCCCUCUGGCGCUCAAACACAGCCGGGCCACCACGGUGUGACGCGCCUUCGGGUUUUUAAACCUGUUUAAAUCCGUGAAUUCGGCCGUCUUUGUUGCUUCGACUGCAAACUGUAA